UUUGCAUUCGAGCAGCGACAGCCACUUUCUUUCAACCCCAUCAUCCCUGUCGCGCCUUUGGGUUCUCCUCGCACGCCGGUCUCUUCUUUCUACCUCCAUUCCACCACUUCUCCCACUCCCCCAUCCUUUCUCCUUUUCUUUUUCCUUCCCCUAGCUCCAGCCACUCCACUCGGCUCGCUCGCCGUUUCUUCUUUCCUUCUUUCUUUCUCGUAUUUUGAUGUCAUAUCGAUCGUUGAUGCCCCCCACGUUCCAACGACUAAUAAUCAAUCUCUCUCUCUCUCUCUCUCUCUCUCUCUCUCUCUCAUCAUUUCGUCUCUCCUUGACCGCGCGCGCGCCUUAUCCAUCAGUUGGAGCUAAGCAAGAGUUUCGUUCCCAUGGGCGCCCAUUUCUUCAUCAGUUGGAGCUAAGCAAGAGUUUCGUUCCCAUGGGCGCCCAUUUCUUCCACGCCACCGCCGCCAUGGUGCCGCCGCUGCUCUUGCUUCUCCUUAUCACCGGCCAAUUCCUGUCUCCCGCUUCCUGCUCUUCGUCUUCGUUUUCCUCCAACUACAACUACUACUGCGAUUGGUGCCCUCGCCACUCCACCGCCUCUCUCCUCCCCCCCGCCGCCGACCUCAACGAAGGCGGUGCUUGUGGGUACGGUGCCAUGGCCAUGCCGCUGAACGGAGGCCACAUCGCCGCCGCCAGCGCUGACUUCUUCCUCGAUGGUGCCGGCUGCGGUGCCUGCUACCAGCUGAGCUGCAGAGACCAGCGAGUGUGCGCCGACGACGGCGUCAAGGUCGUCGUCACGGACGCGGUGAAGAAGGCGCAGGCCAACCGGACGGGGUUUCUGCUCGCCAGGACGGCCUUCACGGCGAUGGCCAAGCGCGGCAUGUCUGAUCAACUCACCAGCUUGGACAAUGUGCAGGUCGACUUCAGAAGGAUACCGUGCGAGUACAAGAAGAAUUUGGCAAUACGAGUGGAAGAGGGGAGCAGGAGCCCGAGGCAGCUGGCCAUCAGGUUCCUCUACCAAGGCGGCCAGACCGACAUCGCCGCAGUCGAGAUCGCGCAGGUACGCCACAUGCAACAGUCCGUUCCACGAUUCGCGAAGCAGAGCAAGGUGACAGCGAGCAAUCUGCAUGGCGCAGGUGGGCGCCACGCCGCUGUCCUGGCGAUCCAUGGCGCUGCGGCGCAGGCAGGGCGUGUGGCGCACGCCCCGCGCCCCGCCCGGCCCGCUUCAGCUUCGCAUCGUCGUCACGGCCGGCUUCGGCGGCAAGUGGCUGCGGACGGAGCAGGCGCUGCCGGCGGACUGGCGGCCCGGCACGGUGUACGACACCGGCCUGCGGGUCACCGACGUCGCCCUGCGCACCUGCAGCCUCUCCUGCCGCACCGCCGACGAUGACAACGAGGAGCUGAGAUGACACGCACGUCACGUCCUCAUCGGCGUGAAAUCGAAGCGAUGAUGAAAACGUACGGUACAAUGGCACAAGCCAGGCGAGCUUAGCUUGACUGUACAUACAGUAACUCGGUCCAUGAUCCGCCGCAUCUUUUUGGGCUGUGGCAGGGGCGAAGACGAUGGGCUGUGACCUUGUCCUUUAGCAUCACAUGUGUGCAAGCAAUGCAAUGCAAUGCAGCGCCGUGUCAGUCGUUGCUGCUUGAUCGGCCGGCGAUGGGUACAGAGAGAAUUUUUUGGCCUGGGGAUCACAUGAGCAUGUUACUGUUGCUGUCACGGACACGGUUGAGUAGGAAGGACACCGGUGUGGCGCUAUCCAUGCAUGCAGAUGCAGUGUCUCCUUGUCGUGCAGUGCAGCACGGCUCCGUGAUGCGUGGCAUUUUGCGAUCAUUGAUUUGGCUUUGGCGGGGCCAAUCUUGCCUUGACAUUGCACCCCGCUCCUCCUGCGAAGUGAACAUCAUUUCGAUUUCGCGGUAUUGUAA